ACGACGACGGUCUCGCCGCGACCUUGCCCGCGAAAGAUCGAUCCGACACCAUGUUGCGGAUUAGAGCGAAACAUCAGUGCUCCACGACCGGUUCUACCAAUAUCGAAUAAUUAUAUCAUAGCAAGAAGUUUUACUCACUCUUAAAAUUUAAUUCAAUCUUUUUAAUCAUUUGCAAGUCUGAGUUUGGAAUGCAGUAACAAUGAUAUUCAGUUAACUGCAAAUAGUGAUAAUUAAUGUUAAUUAAAAAAAUUUGAAAUUCAUCAAUUUCGCGAGUGCAAAAAAGAUUGACGAAACUAAAUCGCUGAAAGUAAAAUAUGUCGCUUGUAAAAGUGGCUUUCAAUUUAAAUUCACAACUUCAAAACAGUGACCGGAAAAGAAAAGACUGUUGUGACUAAUUACUUCUCUGUUCGUAAAGCAAUAAGGGUGAUAUUCAUCAUCGUCUGUUGACUAAGGAACAAUGAACGAUCAAACGUGCAAAAACUUUCGCAAUCAAUAUAAGAGUUAUAGAUACAUAAAACUCUCCUUAAAUGCAAGAUUAAAUUGUCUCUAAUUUAAAAUUAAUGAAAAUAAUUGUCAUGGAAAGUAAUCGUGAUAACUGGCGAACUUGAGUCAUAAUUAUUAGACAUCUGAAUUUGGAAUAAAAAAUCAGUGGCACUUUCGUGUGCAAUGCAACGAUCCGACUUGACUCGAAGAUGAGAUACUUAAAUCAUCAUCACGGCGACAUCGACGAAUUUGUCGGUGGACUUGAGAGUGAAUAGAUACUUAAUAUGAUACCGCUACUUUCGGUCUGGAAUGGAAGUCAGCGAGCUUCCGAACAAUGAGGAUCCAUUCAACAUCAAUCUCUCUUCGACUCUCAAGAAUUUGUCAGACCUCCAUGGCACUCUGAACAUUAUCACUGAAUCGAAAAAUGUCACUUUAACUGUCAUCAAAAGCUUCAUAAUGAUCAGCAUCAUCGUCACCGCUUUGAUAGGCAACGCUCUAGUAAUCGCCAGCGUCAGAAGACACCGGAAACUGCGAGUGCCCACUAAUCGCUACGUGGUUUCCUUAGCGAUGGCGGAUUUUCUCGUUGCGGUGUGUGCCAUGACGUUCAAUGCUUCUGUCGAGAUCUCUGGUGGCAAGUGGCUGCUCGGCAGUAUUAUGUGCGACGUGUGGAACUCGAUGGACGUUUACUUCAGUACCGCCAGCAUCCUUCACCUUUGUUGUAUCAGUGUCGACAGAUAUUACGCGAUAGUCAGACCGCUGGAGUAUCCAGCCAUUAUGAGAACUGUGACAGUCACCGCGAUGCUGAGCAGCGCUUGGACACUGCCGGCCUUAAUCAGCUUUAUACCCAUCUUCAUGGGUUGGUACACCACACAACAGCACUUGGAUUUCCAGCGAGAGAAUCCGCAGAUUUGCACAUUCGUGGCAAACCGUCCGUACGCAGUGAUCAGUUCCUGCGUGUCUUUCUGGAUCCCGGGUGUCGUGAUGAUCAUCAUGUACUUGAAAAUCUACAAAGAAGCGAUUAGACAAAGAGCGGCCCUCAGCAGAGUGUCCAGUAGCACGGUGCUCAACAGCGUACAGGUGCGUCGCUCUUCCAGCGGCUCACGGCAUCAUUCCAGGACAUCGCAUCAGCUACUGCUGCAUCCAAGCGACGCGAGUGAUUACGGAAGACCACUCUCUUACAGAGCCUCGGCGGCGGAGCUCAACAUCGAGAACGGCACUUCGAUACGACAACAAACGAAAAGUUGGCGGGCCGAGCACAAAGCCGCGAGGACACUCGGUAUAAUUAUGGGGGCAUUCCUUCUUUGUUGGCUGCCGUUCUUUCUCUGGUAUCUGACGACAUCGUUGUGCGGCGACACCUGCCACUGCCCGGACACAGUGGUGUCGUUGCUCUUCUGGAUAGGUUACUUCAACAGUGCUCUGAACCCGCUCAUCUACGCGUACUUCAACCGCGACUUCCGCGAUGCCUUCAAGGAUACGCUGAAGAGCGCUCUGCCCUGUUGCCCCGGUUGCUGGAAGACACCCACGCAAUUUGUGUAGCGUGACAAAAUUCCCGGAAAUCCGUUCCUAAGAGGCAAACUUGCCCCCUUCUCCUUCUCAACGAAUUUCCAGCCAAAAUUUAAGCCGCUUUCGUUUCAACGAUUCUCGGACGCCAAUCGAUCCUAUUCGCAAUUAACCCUUAUUGUUCGAAUCUGUCGACUUCACAGACCACUGCAUUUGCUCGUUAUUCGCAACUUUGUGUAAAGCAUGCGGUGUUACAUACAUUGUUUAUUGUUACGCAAUGCGGGUCCUAUUGAUUUCAUUGAUGGCAAUACAUUUUAUUAAUGCAUUAACAAAAUCAGAAAUUUUCAAUGCAAAUAC